UGUGCACGCGUGCGCCCAACGUGAUCUAGGAUGCCGACCACGUGCAUGGGCCAUCGUUCGUCAAGUCGGCCGAUGCACGCACGCGCCUUGAGCGGCACGUAGGUGUGGCUUUGGCCAACUCCGUCGGCGGCCAUCGCGCUGCUCUCUCUCUCUCGACACGGUGGGAUUCAGUAGAUUGUACGUACUGCGGCGCGACGCGGAAACGACUUGACAAGAACUGACCACAUGGGCACAACAUGGACAUCGCGGCGCAAGAUACGAAUCAUGGCUUCCCACGACUCCUUUCCAAGUACACUGCUGCCCCCCAGAGUGCUCGAGUGGCAUCCCAAAAGAGCAGCGAGAGAUGUAAUGCACACUUCUACACAGCACUGCCGAUGGGCUGCAAUGCAUAUGCGUCGAAGGCACCAGCAGCGCGUGCGACAUGGAGGUGUGGAUGGCUGCCCCGUCACUUCCCCGAGUUCUACUGAAUGCCAACUUCCUGGUGUCGCAGCUGACUUGGAUAGAACCUCGACGUGGCAGCGUUGGGUCGGUAGAGACAAGCGGUGACGACAGUGUAACCUCGCGCCUGUGAACUCGCCUUCGUUCUCCCACCAA